AUGUUACACGGAACCAAGAGAAACCAGAAGCCUUCGUUAAACGAAGAGAACUUAAAUAACGCAGUUUACGAUGAUUUCUGGUGUAAAAUUGUGCGUGGCGUGUUCUGCACUACACGCCACAGCGGCGUGAUCAGAUGUUUUGCUUGCGAUCAAUACCGCGAGAAUUUGCUGCGAUGUGGCAUAGCAUCACCUGUUUUCAUUAGGUCGUUAAUGUCGGAUGACUUUGCCGCUUCGUCGAAUCAACACUCUCAUUCACUUCUCGGAAGCUAUCCGUCGCUGACUAGUACUGUUUUUGGAGCUUCACCGGCUCAACUGUGGAAUUCUGCACAGGAAGCCUUUUCGUCGAUCCCUUCUCCGUACAAUCCAAGUGAACAGCUUGCUGACGACAACGCUGAAAAGGAAUUUCCUACUCUCAGUAUAUUCGGAGACCCUAUCGAUUCGAUUACUUUCACCAUGCCGUCUAGAGACAGAACGGCUGAAUUCAGGACAACAUGCAAGUCCAUGCAGAUGAAGGUACACUCUAAUGGAUUUGUACCGCACGCAAAGAAAGAAAUAAUAAACGAGUCUGUGCAAUUUAAUCAGUUAGCCAAGAGAAUCGGACGGGAUUUGAGCCAGACAUGUGCCAAAAUGGAAAGGUUGGCCGAGUUGGCAAAGAAGAAGAGCCUUUUCGAUGAGAAGAGCGAUAUGGACCACUUGUCUAGAGUCGUGAAGGAGGAUAUCACCGGCUUGAAUAAACAAAUAGCAGCCCUUCAAGAGUUUUCGCGAAGACGCAAUGGUGGCAUGAAAAACCAAGGCACUGGUCACACCCAGCUUGUUGUGGUCGGUCUUCAGUCGAAAUUGGCAAGUGUGAGUAAAGACUUUCAAAGCGUAUUGGAGAUCAGUACGGAAAACUUGAAGCACCAAAAAAGUAGGCGAGAGAAGUUUUCGCACGCGGAUCACCUUCCCACAUCGCUUCCAUCAUCUUCAAGUGGUUCAAAUGUUCGCUCUCGUCUUCUUGAAGAUGACAAUCAGCAUGGUGUCCCCCGUAAUAGUAGUGUUACUCUGGAUAUGGGCGCUAUGGAACAAAUGCGAGUUCAACAACAGAUGACACUACAAGACCAAUCAGAUAGCUAUGCACAAGCCCGUUCAAAUGCUAUGGAAACUAUUGAAGGAUCGAUUUCUGAAUUGGGACAAAUUUUUGCGCAGCUUGCAAGCCUUGUCAGCGAACAAGGUGAAAUGAUCACACGUAUUGAUUCGAAUGUGGAAGACACGGCUAUCAAUAUUGACGCUGCUCAUACAGAACUAGUGAAGUAUUUUCACAAUAUCAGUAAAAACCGUUGGUUGAUGAUCAAGGUGUUUGGUGUUUUGAUGGUUUUCUUCAUAAUAUUUGUUCUUUUCCUCACCUAAUUGUUUAAUUCAUUCCCCUAGUAAUUCACCUCUUCAUUCUGUUUAUGCUUUGGCUAUAUUGCGAUUUCGAAGUUCUAACAUUAAUUGAAAGAUUAGGCCGUUAGUUUUUUUUUUGGCGGGGAACAAAACCUAGUGGUUGGUAAAUCGACUGGUGUUUAGUGUGUCUUAAGAUAUCCUUAUCUCCUCUACCAUCGAUGGAGCGUUUUUUCGACCGUUUUGUUUAUAUCCGGUUUCUGCUAUCUAUUGUACAUUUCGAAGGCCCCCUAGAAAAAUUGAUAGUGAGGAAUAUCAUAACUGUUUUAAUUCGAUCGAUGCACAUUUUCUAUAUCGGAGGCUGAUGGCUUGUUUUGUCUGUGAUUUUGUUCAUAACGAUUAAAGUAAUUUAUUCACU